AUGUCUAAGUCUGUGUCUAGAUUGAAGUCGAUGAAAAAAGUAGGUGAUAAAAUUAAUCACUCCACUAAACUGGUAACCAAUAUUCCUGCUGGUAUGGCUGCUGCAGGUCCUCCUUUAGGGCCUAUGUUAGGACAGCGCAACAUAAACAUUGCAGCUUUUUGUAAAGACUUCAAUGAGCGUACUGCUAGUAUAAAACCUGGUAUUCCGUUACCCACUCGUGUGAAAGUGAAUGCUGAUAGAUCGUAUCAACUAGUGAUACAUCAACCUCCCGCUAGUUAUUUCCUGAAGCAGGCUGCUGGUGCUAGCCGAGGUGCUAUGGAACCAGUCAAAGAGAUAUGUGGGAAAAUAACACUGAAGCAUAUAUAUGAAAUAGCAAAAAUCAAGUCCCAAGAUCCGACUCUUGAAUGGAAACCAUUGAAAGAAGUUUGCACCAUGUUAAUAGCUACAGCCAGAACUUGUGGUAUUGAAGUAGUCAAAGAAUUAGAUGCCAAGGAGUAUGGUCAAUUCCUUGAAGACAGGAAAGUCAUAUUAGAGGAACAGAAGAAAAUGUUACAAGAAAGAAGAGAAGCCAAAAUGUUGAGGACUGCUUGA